UCUUGCACAGGUGUACCGGCUCCUCCCCUUCAGUCUUGCACAGGUGUACCUGCUCCUCCCCUCCAGUCUUGCACAGGUGUACCUGUUCCUCCCCUUCAGUCUUGCACAGGUGUACCGGCUCCUCCCCUUCAGUCUUGCACAGGUGUACCGGCUCCUCCCCUCCAGUCUUGCACAGGUGUACCUGUUCCUCCCCUUCAGUCUUGCACAGGUGUACCGGCUCCUCCCCUUCAGUCUUGCACAGAUGUACCGGCUCCUCCCCUUCAGUCUUGCACAGGUGUACCUGCUCCUCCCCUCCAGUCUUGCACAGGUGUACCAGCUCCUCCCCUCCAGUCUUGCACAGGUGUACCGGCUCCUCCCCUUCAGUCUUGCACAGGUGUACCGGCUCCUCCCCUUCAGUCUUGCACAGGUGUACCUGCUCCUCCCCUUCAGUCUUGCACAGGUGUACCGACUCCUCCCCUUCAGUCUUGCACAGGUGUACCUGCUCCUCCCCUUCAGUCUUGCACAGGUGUACCAGCUCCUCCCCUCCAGUCUUGCACAGGUGUACCGGCUCCUCCCCUCCAGUCUUGUACAGGUGUACCGGCCCUCCCCUUCAGUCUUGCACAGGUGUAUUGGCUCCUCCCCUUCAGUCUUGCACAGGUGUACCGGCUCCUCCCCUUCAGUCUUGCACAGGUGUACCGGCUCCUCCCCUUCAGUCUUGCACAGGUGUACCGGCUCCUCUCCUGGACUGGAAUGGCUUCCUCUGACUUCACUGCACACUGGGAGCUUCUCACAAUGUGCAUAAGAAGCUGCAGCCAGUCAGAGAGAGCUCUGCCUCCUAAUCUAGAGCCCACCUCCUAGGCUGGAGGACUCCCAGCACCAUCUAGCCCAGCCUGGCUGUCCCUGGCUCCACCCCUUUCAUUCAUCGGAUU